AUGGAGACCAAGGAUGCAACUGUGGAGACGGCGAAGGAAAGCAAGGAUAACUUGUUGGGGAAAGCGGGAGAAACUAAGGAUUCUACCUCACAAAAGCUUGGAGAGUACAAAGACACUGCUUUGGCAAGGGCUACAGAAGCAAAAGACAGAACGGGGGAGAAGACCGUGGAGACCAAGGAUGCAACUGUGGAGACGGCGAAGGAAAGCAAGGAUAACUUGUUGGGGAAAGCGGGAGAAACUAAGGAUUCUACCUCACAAAAGCUUGGAGAGUACAAAGACACUGCUUUGGCAAGGGCUACAGAAGCAAAAGACAGAACGGGGGAGAAGACCGUGGAGACCAAGGAUGCAACUGUGGAGACGGCGAAGGAAAGCAAGGAUAACUUGUUGGGGAAAGCGGGAGAAACUAAGGAUUCUACCUCACAAAAGCUUGGAGAGUACAAAGACACUGCUUUGGCAAGGGCUACAGAAGCAAAAGACAGAACGGGGGAGAAGACCGUGGAGACCAAGGAUGCAACUGUGGAGACGGCGAAGGAAAGCAAGGAUAACUUGUUGGGGAAAGCGGGAGAAACUAAGGAUUCUACCUCACAAAAGCUUGGAGAGUACAAAGACACUGCUUUGGCAAGGGCUACAGAAGCAAAAGACAGAACGGGGGAGAAGACCGUGGAGACCAAGGAUGCAACUGUGGAGACGGCGAAGGAAAGCAAGGAUAACUUGUUGGGGAAAGCGGGAGAAACUAAGGAUUCUACCUCACAAAAGCUUGGAGAGUACAAAGACACUGCUUUGGCAAGGGCUACAGAAGCAAAAGACAGAACGGGGGAGAAGACCGUGGAGACCAAGGAUGCAACUGUGGAGACGGCGAAGGAAAGCAAGGAUAACUUGUUGGGGAAAGCGGGAGAAACUAAGGAUUCUACCUCACAAAAGCUUGGAGAGUACAAAGACACUGCUUUGGCAAGGGCUACAGAAGCAAAAGACAGAACGGGGGAGAAGACCGUGGAGACCAAGGAUGCAACUGUGGAGACGGCGAAGGAAAGCAAGGAUAACUUGUUGGGGAAAGCGGGAGAAACUAAGGAUUCUACCUCACAAAAGCUUGGAGAGUACAAAGACACUGCUUUGGCAAGGGCUACAGAAGCAAAAGACAGAACGGGGGAGAAGACCGUGGAGACCAAGGAUGCAACUGUGGAGACGGCGAAGGAAAGCAAGGAUAACUUGUUGGGGAAAGCGGGAGAAACUAAGGAUUCUACCUCACAAAAGCUUGGAGAGUACAAAGACACUGCUUUGGCAAGGGCUACAGAAGCAAAAGACAGAACGGGGGAGAAGACCGUGGAGACCAAGGAUGCAACUGUGGAGACGGCGAAGGAAAGCAAGGAUAACUUGUUGGGGAAAGCGGGAGAAACUAAGGAUUCUACCUCACAAAAGCUUGGAGAGUACAAAGACACUGCUUUGGCAAGGGCUACAGAAGCAAAAGACAGAACGGGGGAGAAGACCGUGGAGACCAAGGAUGCAACUGUGGAGACGGCGAAGGAAAGCAAGGAUAACUUGUUGGGGAAAGCGGGAGAAACUAAGGAUUCUACCUCACAAAAGCUUGGAGAGUACAAAGACACUGCUUUGGCAAGGGCUACAGAAGCAAAAGACAGAACGGGGGAGAAGACCGUGGAGACCAAGGAUGCAACUGUGGAGACGGCGAAGGAAAGCAAGGAUAACUUGUUGGGGAAAGCGGGAGAAACUAAGGAUUCUACCUCACAAAAGCUUGGAGAGUACAAAGACACUGCUUUGGCAAGGGCUACAGAAGCAAAAGACAGAACGGGGGAGAAGACCGUGGAGACCAAGGAUGCAACUGUGGAGACGGCGAAGGAAAGCAAGGAUAACUUGUUGGGGAAAGCGGGAGAAACUAAGGAUUCUACCUCACAAAAGCUUGGAGAGUACAAAGACACUGCUUUGGCAAGGGCUACAGAAGCAAAAGACAGAACGGGGGAGAAGACCGUGGAGACCAAGGAUGCAACUGUGGAGACGGCGAAGGAAAGCAAGGAUAACUUGUUGGGGAAAGCGGGAGAAACUAAGGAUUCUACCUCACAAAAGCUUGGAGAGUACAAAGACACUGCUUUGGCAAGGGCUACAGAAGCAAAAGACAGAACGGGGGAGAAGACCGUGGAGACCAAGGAUGCAACUGUGGAGACGGCGAAGGAAAGCAAGGAUAACUUGUUGGGGAAAGCGGGAGAAACUAAGGAUUCUACCUCACAAAAGCUUGGAGAGUACAAAGACACUGCUUUGGCAAGGGCUACAGAAGCAAAAGACAGAACGGGGGAGAAGACCGUGGAGACCAAGGAUGCAACUGUGGAGACGGCGAAGGAAAGCAAGGAUAACUUGUUGGGGAAAGCGGGAGAAACUAAGGAUUCUACCUCACAAAAGCUUGGAGAGUACAAAGACACUGCUUUGGCAAGGGCUACAGAAGCAAAAGACAGAACGGGGGAGAAGACCGUGGAGACCAAGGAUGCAACUGUGGAGACGGCGAAGGAAAGCAAGGAUAACUUGUUGGGGAAAGCGGGAGAAACUAAGGAUUCUACCUCACAAAAGCUUGGAGAGUACAAAGACACUGCUUUGGCAAGGGCUACAGAAGCAAAAGACAGAACGGGGGAGAAGACCGUGGAGACCAAGGAUGCAACUGUGGAGACGGCGAAGGAAAGCAAGGAUAACUUGGUGGAUAAAGCGGUGGAAACUGCACAACGAGCCAUGGAUUAUUUGACGGGCAACCGGAAGGAGAACGAGGGAAGAGAUGAUGACACUAUUGAUGGCACGAAGGAGAAGUUGGUUGAGACCAAAGAGUCGGAACAGGAGAAAUUAGACGAUGUGGAGCGGAGAUUGAGGGACUUGGGAGUGGCGAAGAGCGGAGAGAAGUGAAGGACUAAGGAAGGGCAGGGCAUUGGAACUAUAGUAGUCGCGUUUAAGUGCAUUGGAACUAUAGGAUCGCUUAUUAUUUGAAGUUAUUGUGCGUGCUUUUUUUUUUCCCCUUUUUUUUUAGGUCUGGAUUUUUAUUGUUAGUCUUUGGAAUCAGCCUGGGAUGGUACCGAGGCAAAUUUCCCUUCGUAAUAUGAUCAUUAUGAUA